AUGGGUUCUGUGUGCGCUAACUGCUUGGGCAGGGACUUCCAGCCUGCGGCGGCAGCCGCUGCCUACUUCGGGUUCGGGGAGUUGGAGGAGGCCCUCAUCCAUGGCGGAGGCGGCGCGGCCAACGCCGGCGGCGUCGAUCCCGGCGUGAUCAUCAAGAACGACGUCGCGCAGGCAAAGUCAGCGGCAGGGGCAGGAUAUCUCGCGGGCGCUGGCAGGCCCCCCACGCUGGAGAUCUUCCCUUCGUGGCCAACGAGGCAUCAACAGCAGCUACACAGUGGGAAUUCGCAGUCAGUAGGGAGCACCGCUGACUCGAGCUCAGCUCAGAACACUACAAUGUCUCAGAUGGAGCUGGUGUCCCCAGCCUCCUCUGCGCCGCGGCAGGAGGUCAUGAUGGUGACCACUGAUGAUUACAGCUACAAGCCAGGCCUCGCCGCUGCGCCCGCUGCUGCCGCCCCGCCGAGCUUUCAGCAGCACCACCCGCUCCCGCUGCAGCUGCACGGAGACGGAGGGGGAGACCAUGACAAGAGGAAGCAUGGAUCCACAAGAAAAGAUGGCAGGUUGGUAGAUGCCAAGACGGAACGGCGGCUGGCGCAGAACAGAGAGGCUGCGAGGAAGAGCAGGCUGAGGAAGAAGGCUUACGUGCAGCAGCUCGAGACUAGCAGGAUCAGGCUUCAGCAGGUCGAGCAUGAGCUCCAGAGAGCACGGUCACAGGGCCUGUUCGUUGGAGGGUGCAGCGCCGCCGGGGACAUGAGCUCUGGCGCCGCCAUGUUCGACAUGGAGUACGCGCGGUGGUUGGACGACGACAGCAAGCGGCUGGCGGAGCUCCGAGCCGGGCUGCAGGCGCAGCUGCUGGACGGCAACCUGGGACUCAUCGUGGAGGAGUGCAUGCAGCACUACGACGAGCUGUUCCAGCUCAAGGCGGCGCUCGCGCGCUCCGAUGUCUUCCACCUCCUCACCGGCGCCUGGGCCACCCCUGCCGAGCGCUGCUUCUUCUGGAUGGGCGGCUUCCGCCCGUCUGAGCUGCUCAAGAUCCUGAUACCGCAGCUGGACCCGCUGACGGAGCAGCAGCUGCUCGGGAUCUGCAACCUGCAGCAGUCGUCGGAGCAGGCGGAGGAGGCGCUCGCCCAGGGCCUGCAUCAGCUGCACCAGUCCCUGGCCGACACAGUCGCCGCCGGCACGCUCAACGACGGCGCCGCCGCCCCCAACUACAUGAACACCAUGGCCGUCGCACUUGACAAGCUUGCCAGCCUCGAAAACUUCUAUCAACAGGCCGACAAUCUAAGGCAGCAGACGUUGCAUCAGAUGCGCCGGAUCCUGACCACUCGGCAGGCUGCGCGGUGCUUCCUCUCCAUUGGGGAGUACUACAGCCGCCUCAGAGCUCUCAGCAACCUCUGGGCUUCCCGUCCCCGCGACAACUUCAUCGGGACAGAGAGCCUCAGCCCCACAGCAACGGAACUGCAAGCCCUGCACCACCAGCAGCAGAACCAGUUCACCGGAUUUUGA